AUGCCAAGGGUACCUGAAGUGGACCAUUUCAAGCACAAAGUCGGGCCGUUUGGGAAGAGCCCCUCAUUGGAAGCGCCGGCUGUGGGGGUGAGGGUAUAUAUUGUACACGCUGCUGCAGCAGCUGUCGGGGAUAUUUUUGCACAACCUCUUGUGGGUUUUGCAGGUUUGACUUUUUCCCACGUCGACAUUAUCAAUUCCCUUCGGGCCGUCGAUUUUCCGGCUUCUUCGAGGGCCAAUCUGCUUGGUGUAUACACAUAUACCGACAAAGCCAUGGCCUACACCAUCAUCGUCCACCUCCUCGCCAAAAACGACGCCUCCUGCAUCCAGAAACUCAAGGACAAGCUUGUCGAGGCGAGCCAGGUGUACAGCAAGGACCCCGAGACGCUGAGUUGGUUCGUGAUGCAGGAUUUUGAGGAGCCGAGGCGGUUUGCGAUUGUGGAGCGGUAUGUUGGGGAGGAGAGCCAGAAAUACCACUUGGAGAAUCCGUACUGGCAGACGUUUGACCCCUAUGUGCUUCCGCUUUUGGAGGAGCCCAUGGAUUUGAGGAGGUUGGGUGAGUUGGAGGGUUCGGUUAUGUAA